AUGGCUGAAGUUGUCAUUGCCAAGGACCGAAAGCAUGCCACGGCGGCCUGGAAGGCCCUCGCGCACGAAUGCCUGCCCAGCCGCGGUCGCGAUCUGGAUCACUGGUGGAACAUUACCGGGUUCCAUCUGGCAAACCUCAUCGACGGGGCCGGCUAUUCGACCGAGAGGCAGUACCAAGCUCUCCUGUUCCAUUACCACAAUAUCGUGCCGUACUUUGGGCCCGCGCCGGACCGAUCCGGAAACGUCGCGUGGAAGUCAAUCAUGUCCACAGACGGUUCGCCCAUCGAAUAUUCCUGGAAGUGGAGCACGAAACCCGAAGGCCAGCCCGAAAUCCGCUACUCGAUGGAGGCCAUCGGAGAACUCUCCGGCUCCGCCAUCGACCCGUUGAACCAGCACCGCGGACGUGAGCUCAUGCAGCAUCUGGCCACCGUGGUGCCGACCGCGAACUUCGACUGGGCUCAUCACUUCUUGACCCACCUCUUCGAUCACGACGCGGCCAAGUACCACCGAGAGAACAGAGAGGGAGGGGUGCCUCCCCGCGGAACUCUGGGCCACGGCAUUGAGUACGGCCCUUCGGGCAUGAGCAUCAAGACGUACUUCUCCUCUCGCCGGCUGGGCUCUCGUGGCCACGCGAGCCUCGAUCGAUGGGACGAAGCAAUCCGCCGCUUGGACCCGGACAACGCCAAUCGCGACGCGUUACUGCGGUUCCUCAAAGAAAACCCGCAAGGAAGGCUCCUGACACCGUUCACACUCGCUCCGGAUGGUGCGGCGGCGGACAAGGCGCGCCUGAAGCUGUACUUCACCUCACCGAACACGAGUUUUACUUCCUUGAGAGAGAUAAUCACCAUGGGCGGCUCCAUAAACGUCUCCGAGGGGUCGUUGCAAGAGCUGCGAUCGCUGAUCACGGCUGUCCUCUCACUCCCGGACGACUACGCCGAAGACGAGGCCAUCCCCAGCGAGCCCUGGACGCCGCCGGCCAAGGAGAUCUUCAACGACCAGCCGGCCCUUCUGGGCGGCUACUGCUACUACUUUGACAUCCCGCCGGGCCGCUCACAGACUCCGGACAUCAGAUUCUACUUACCUGUCCGCCAGUACGGUCCGGAUGACGGCAGCAUCGCGAACAGUGUUGCAACGUGGAUGAAGUCCCGCGGCCGGGGCGCCUACGCCGCUAACUUUCUUCGAAUGAUGGAAAGCUUCGCCGAACAUCGCAAGCUGGACGAGGGCAAGGGCUUGCAGACGUACGUUGGCUGCAUGAUCAAGAAGAAUGGCGAUCUGGAUGUAACGUCUUAUUUUGGGCCGGAAGCCUACCAUUCUGCUCGUUUCGCAAGUCGUGACGCUAGCAAUGGUCACUAG